CCCAGCUUUCUUCUCAGAAGCAGCUCCACUGACUGAAAGUGAAAAUUCAAGAUUUCAUGGUGAGUGACAGUCUACUUUUACAUUCAAGCAUUCAUACAAUCUGAUAUAAAAUGAGUUCUCCAAAAGAUGUCCUGAGGAAAAACGUGAAGAUGAUCCAUGGUUGUCCCAUGGUCUAUGCUUUUACAAGCAACUGGGAAAAGAUUGAACAGUUCCAGAGCAGGCCAGAUGAUAUUGUGAUCGUCACUUUCCCUAAAUCAGGUACCACUUGGCUUAGUGAAAUUGUGGAUAUGAUUCUAAAUGAUGGAGAUAUUGAAAAGUGCAAGCGAGAUGUUAUUACUGCUAGAGUGGCAAUGUUGGAAAUGAGUGCUCCUGGAUUAAGUGUGACAGGUGUAGAAAAAUUGGAACAGAUGCCUUCACCUCGCAUUGUGAAGACACAUUUGCCAGUUGACCUUCUUCCUAAAUCAUUCUGGGAGAACAAGUGUAAGAUAAUUUAUAUGGCCCGGAAUGCAAAGGAUGUUGUAGUCUCAUAUUACCACUUUGACCUGAUGAAUCAUUUGCAGCCUGAUCCUGGCACCUGGGGAGAAUAUCUGCAGAAAUUCAUGACUGGAAAUGUGGCCUACGGUUCAUGGUUUAAUCAUGUUAAGACCUGGUGGAAGAAAAAGGAAGAACAUCCAAUACUUUUCUUAUUUUAUGAAGACAUGAAAAAGAAUCCAAAGGGAGAAAUUCAGAAAGUUAGCAGCUUUUUGGGGAAGACCAUGAGUGAUGAGAUCAUGGAUCGGAUCAUCUUUCACACUUCAUUUGAAGUGAUGAAGAACAACCCUAUGGUGAAUUAUACACAUAUGCCUACUGCAGUCAUGGAUCAUAGCAAGUCCCCUUUCAUGCGCAAAGGGAUUAUUGGAGACUGGAAGAAUUAUUUCACAAUAGAAGAAAAUGAGAAGUUUGAAGCCAUUUACAAGAAGGAGAUGUCUGAAACUACUCUUCAAUUCUGCACAGAGAUUUGUAAUGCUAUUUAA